AUGCCACACGUCAUCGACGGCGACGGCCACAUCAGCCGCUAUCUCGCUGCCCAGCCCGAGCUGAACAAUUCGCUUGAGUACAACAGCGACUCGGGCGUGCUCUACGAUGCCUCCUUGGCAGGGAAAGCGACAGCGCUCGUGGCCGGUGCGGGCAUGAGUCGUGCCAUGGCAUCCAAAUACGCACAAUUCGUUGGCCCUGGAAUGCUCUCGGCGCUGAUGGUCGCGCCUAGAGCCAUCGAACACGACAAGAAUCAAGCGCCGGGCACGUCGUUAGGCUCCCAACUUACUAAAUUGUCAGAUGCGCUGGGGCUCGGCAACAAGGAUACGGAGAUGGCGUGGAUUGGGCCUACGAAGGUCGAUAUUGAUCGCUCUGCUCAAAUUCCUCGCUAUCACGGGGUGGCCUCGAUGCUUGAGGUCGAUGAUGGGCUUCAUGGGAGGGAGAACGGCGCAGAGGUUAGCGUUGUCCUGCCGAUGAAGAUCUGUGGCGCGCUUGCUGCUAUGGGCUACGACUCUGGGAGUGUACACAAGGUGGGUCGGAUUGUACGGAACAACAUGAUGACUGUCGAUGCACCUGCCUCCGACAAGCCGUUGGCGUUUUCUGCCAUCAAGGCGGAGGUCGAGAACAUGCUUACUGCAUUGUUCAAGCCUGAUGAGAAGCGUGUUCGGACCGUCCAUUUUAACUCCAACGAGCCGGUGCUGCUCAUCAAUGACUUCGGCAGAUGUGGUGGCGUGAAGCUUGGAAGUAUCGUGACUGAGGUUCUCGAGCAACUUCAGCAGAAGUACAAUACCUGGCCCGUCCGCGUUUACGCCGGCAGCUUCAUUGAGGGUGACGCUGCAGAUGGACCGGAGUUCUGUGUGACUUUGCUCAACGUUCAGAACCCGGAUAUCGGAGGUCCGUCCAUGAUUCAGCUGCUUGACCAUCCAUGCAACACUCUCGGAUGGAAUGGCUGCAUGCGUCGUGAAGUUUGGAAUGGUCGCGAUCUACUUGAGCGCUUUGAGAAGGUCGAGAAGCCUGAGGAAUCCGAGAAAAGCACCUCGGAUCUGGCGGAGCAGUUUCAGGGGACCGGCAUUGCCGAGGAGGACAUUGCGGAGCCGGACGUCGAGUCAGUCGCUACCGACGACGUCGCUGAGGACGAAGACCAAGCAGAGGCUGUGACUGACGAGCCAAAUUAUUCUUACGACGAUCCGCACAAGGACCGUGGUUCUGUCCAUCACCCUACCUGGGAACAUUCAACCAAGUCCGAGUCACUGAUCGAUAUGAUCAGUAACCAAGCUUCGAAUGAUGGCCCAGGCGCCAAAGCAGGCGAUAGCUCCAAAAGUCUGGAGGGCAGCAUGGACAAGGCAGCCGAGAAGAAGAGACGCACAGAGUCUACCUCUAGCGAAGGCUUCACCUUCCUCUAG